AUGAGGCCUACGACGAGCUAUGAUGACCUUGUGAAUUCUAUACUACAGAAACUUGGUCUACAAAGCAUGAAACGGGUUAAGAAGUUAUUCUAUCACAUUUCGAUCUCAGUGCUACAAGAAAUCGUGAAGUAUGAUUGUUUCAUGAUCGAGAGUGAUGAGGAUUUGCAGGUCAUAUUUCAUUGUCGUCGGCAGUUUUCCGAGGUUAGGACACCUGAGUUGUUGGCGAAAUUAGUUGAUGUGGUAUCUGGCUCGGGGAGUUCGAACAAGAAUACCCACAUUAUAGGCACCAUAGCCGGUUCUAGCUCCAGACCUGUUGGUGCAUCUUCGUCCGUCCCUGUGAAUGAACCUCCGGUCGAGCCUGUCGCCUCCCCGUCGUUCGCUGUUGAUCUCAACUGUAGUGGAGGCGGAGAGGUUGGAAUAGGGGAUAUUGAGCCGACUUCUUUACAGUGUGCCGCACCGGAUGGUCUGGACGAUACAUUGCUAGAUGAUGUUGACGAUGAUGAUGUGGAGCCGGAUAUCAUUGCUGAUGACAGUGGCGAUGAUAUUGGAGCGAGUGAGCCAGCUGGGGCUGAAGGUGGUUCUAGCUCUGGCACACAGCAGUACCCUCCGCACUUUUCAUCUUUGGACUUGGAUGCCAUGAGACAGGAGGGGGUUCCGGGAGAGCCUGCUGGAUUUGGUGCUAGAAAUGGCCAGGGGUUUGCAAGUCUGACAGAGUUUCAGGUUGGUCAGCAGUUUCAGGAUAAAGAUGAGGCUGUGUUAAGUGUGAAGACGUAUAGCAUCCGACGCGGGGUACAGUACAAGGUGGUGGAGUCUGACUAUCGCCGGUAUGUUGGAAAGUAUUUUGAGUUUGGGAAUGGGUGCACAUGGUUGAUUAGGCUAAGCCUCCGACAGCGCAAAGGUAUUUGGGAAAUAAAACGAGCUAAUGCAUCCGUCAGCAUCAAGGUGCUCCUGAAUACGACGGCGGCACACUUUGGGUUCAGGCCGAUGUAUAAGAGGGUUUGGUUGGCGAAGCAAAAGGCCAUUGCCCACAUCUUUGGUGAUUGGGAUGAGUCGUACAACGAGCUCCCGCGGUGGGUGUUAGGAGUUCAGUUGACGAUGUCUGGUACUGUUGCAGCAUUCCGGCAUUGCAAGCCCUUGGUGAGUAUUGACGGCACCCAUCUGUAUGGCAAGUAUGGGGGUACGUUGCUCGUCGCGAUUGCACAGGACGGGAACUCCAACAUACUGCCUGUUGCAUUUACACUGGUUGAGGGUGAGAAUGCCGAGUCCCGGUCCUUCUUUCUCUCCCAUCUCCGGCAGCACGUGACCCCACAACCGGGUCUGCUGGUUAUAUCAGAUAGGCACAACGACAUCAAGGCUGCGCUUGAGGCUCCCGAUGGAGGCUGGCCACCUCCAACUACCUACCGUGCAUUCUGUAUUCGACAUGUGGCAGCAAAUUUCGCCCUGACCUUCAAGGACAAGGACGCAAGGAGGCUUCUUGUGAAUGCAGCUUAUGCUAAGAUUGAGGUGGAAUUCGAUUACUGGAUUGAUAUUCUGCGGUCUGAAGAUCCUGCCAUGUGGGGUCAGGAAUCUCCCGGUGUGCUCGCUGGUGAAGGCUACUUACGGGAGGUUGGCAGAACUAUUUGUUCGCAAGGGGGAGAGGCAGAGGCCCAGUUAGGAAUCAGACAACAAUUCAGUCAACAUCUGGUGAAGUGUAUAGAGGCCAAUCUGAAGAUGAGGUGCUUCACAGUGACUUUGUACAACAGAGAUUACUUGGAGUUCACCGUCUCGGAGACGACUCCUACUGGUUCGUUCUCACUUGGUAGCUACAGGGUGUCACUCGAGUCUCAGACAUGUGACUGCGAAUAUUUUCAGGCACUUCAUUUCCCGUGUCCUCACGCCUUGGCAGCCGUAUGUCCACCAGGUGUAUCGUCUUAG